CAAACCCCUCUCCCCUCUUUGAGAAAAAAAAGGGAAAAAACCCUCUCCGCUCUCCAUAUCACAUAUUAGGGUUUUGUCCUUUUGGUGUUCACAUUUCACAUAGCUUACUGAACCAUACACAGCACGCACGCAAAUCAGCGAGAUGUGGAGAUCCAUUGCUGCCAAAUCCCAACAAUUAGUGCGGAAUUUGGGUGCAACGAGGAACCACGACAAGGUAAGGGUUUCCUUGCUUCCUUAUACAAACUGUAGAUUUCUUGCGCACUCGUCCGUGAACAUCGAAGAAUUCCCGUCCGUAAACGAUUCUUCAGCAGUUUUAAAGGAAAAUAGCGACACCCAAUUCCAGAGUUUUGCUUCUGAAGGGGAUAUUGGUGGUAUAACAGAGCAGUUUUCACAAGCUUUAGGUGAAAAUGGCAACUGCCAGAUAGAGAAUUUUGCUCCUGAGAGUGCUGACAUUGGCACGCUAGAUCAGCUCUCCGGAGGUUUAGUCGAGGAAGGUGAGGGGGGAAAAGAAGAGGGAGGGGCUUAUAAGAUAGACUCGGAGAAAUUAGAGGAUGUACUGUCUUUGUUACAGAGCAGUUUUGAUGAAUCCUUAGAAUCAAAUCUUGAUAGUUUGGGUUUGGAUUUACACGAGGAGUUUGUAGUGAAAGUGCUAGAAACCCCACUUGUUUUAGGUGAUAAUUUGAUCAGGUUUUUCAAGUGGGCGAUUCAGGAGCCAGAUGUCAAUGUGACUACCCAUGUAAUUGAUGUGCUUGUUCAAGCUAUCUGUAGUGACCUUAGAAAGAAAGAUGCAUAUGCGAUGUGGGAUUUAGUUAGAGAGGUUGCGGAGAAGCGUAAUGUUGUGCUGAAUUUGGAGAUUCUUAAUCGGUUGAUUGCUUUGUUUUCAAAGCUGGGAAAAGGGAAGGCGGCUUUAGAGGUUUUCAACAAGUUUGGGGACUUUGGGUGUGUCCCGGAUUCAGAGACCUACUAUUAUACAAUUGAAGCCCUUAGUAGGCGAUCCUUUUUUGACUGGGCUUGGUCUGUUUGUGAGCAGAUGAUCAAUGCAGAAGCCCUACCUGACAGUGAGAAAGUUGGUAAGAUUAUCAAAUGGUUUUGUAAAGGGAGCAGGGCAAGUGAUGCUCAUAUGGUUUAUAUGCUGGCAAAGGAGAAAAACAAGUAUCCACCUCAGUCUGCAGUCAAUUUUUUGAUCAGUUUGCUCUCCCAGAAAGAUGAAACAGUCAAAUUGUCUUUGAAUAUGUUGGAUUCAUUCUCUGGAGAAACACGGAAGUAUGCAAUCAAGCCCUUCUCAUCUGUUAUUCGCAGUUUGUGUAGGAUCAAAGAUUUUGAUGGAGUAAAAGUGUUACUAACUAAGAUGAUUGAUGAGGGACCGCCUCCUGGAAAUGCUGUUUUCAAUUCUAUUAUCAAUGGAUAUUCCAAGUGUGGAGAUAUGAAAGAGGCAAUAGAGAUGAAAAAUUUGAUGGAAAGGAGGGGACUGAAACCGGAUCUUUUCACUUAUACAGUUAUUAUGAGUGGUUAUGCAAGUAGUGGUCAGAUGGAAGAGGCUUGCAAAAUACUGUCUGAAGCCAAAAAGAAGCACUCUAAGUUGAGUCCCGUGACUUACCAUACACUUAUUCGAGGGUAUUGCAAACUUGAACAGUUUGACAAGGCUUUGGAGUUAUUAGCAGAGAUGAAGGACUUUGGGGUCCAACCUAAUGUAGAUGAGUACAAUAAGUUGAUCCAAUCCCUAUGCUUAAAGGCCUUAGAUUGGGAAACAGCAGAGAAGCUGAUGGAGAAAAUGGAGGAUGGCCGUAAUCUAAAUGGGAUCACAAGAGGCCUUAUAAGGGCAGUCAAGGAGCUGGAGGGGGAGGGGUUUGAGAAAGAAGCAAGUGUUGACGCCUGAAUCAUUUCUUGUUUGCAGCUUGAGAUGAUAAACUGGGCGUAUUGGUUAUCAAGCCCCAUAAUCAAUUUUACGGACUCCAAGUUAAGUAGAUUGACCAAAGAUGAUUUGGUUCGACUUGAUAUUCGUGGGUCUAAUGAUUUUCAACUGAGCAGCACAGCGAACCAACGACUUGAAAGCAGAUUUCUAACCGCCGAUUCUUAUUAUUUUUGGUGAAUAAACGAAAUUUAGCAGUACAAUUUCACAAUUUCUGGUCACUUAGUACUGCUAUGUUAUGUGUGCGGUGUGCUCCGGUUCAGGCGCUCAUGCAAACCGCUAAAACUACGGGUUGAAUUCGGGGCUAGGGUUCACAAUCAGAAGGGGUUCGGUUCAUCAUGGUUUUAGUACAAUUUCAAUUUUAAUUUUGGUUUGAUUCUGAUUUAAGCAAUUUGAUAGUUAAAAUAAAUUUAAAUUAAACUAGCGAUUCAAUUUUAU